AUGGCUACAUCUUCUACAGCUUCUCUCGAGGAUCUUCCCGACCCUGGCCAGGAAACACUUGUCAUCUACACUAAAUGCCGCGAAGAGCUGGACCAUUCUUACGUUGAGGAGUUCAAGCAGAUUCCAAAGCCCGAGGAGCACUAUCCAUGGUUCACAAAGUACAUUGCGACAUAUGUGUGCGAAAACUUCAUCAUGUGGCCGGAAGCAGGCAAAAUGAGGAGACCAAACGACAAGACGAAAUGCCGUGCAAAAAUUGUGGACGAUGUGAAGGCUUUGGAUAUUGUCAAAAUCCACAAAAAGCUUCAACAUGAAGUUGCCAAAUGGAUGACACACAUCAAAUCCUCCGAGAUAGAAACAGAAAAAUUCAAUGAAGCGAUGUUUGAUAGAUACUACAAAAGAAGAUUCGAAGACCUCAUGGGUUGGAUCAACCCAACAUUGGAGUUCAUUCAAGACUACCAGACCGAUUUUCUCUAUCUCUCGGAUCAAGACGAAGAAUUAAUCCAUGGCCACAUCGAGAAAAUCAAGGACCAAUACAAUCUCGGACGCCUUGGUUUGAAGCAAAAGGGAAGCCCACCAAAGGAUCCAGAGUCAAAGGUGGAGAACGCAGUUGUUCGGGAGCUGGAGACGGAACUCAAUCGCUUGAAGCGCCGUAUCUUGGUUGCUGACAAGUAUGUCCAAAGUCUUUCCUCGAACCCAAAGGAGAGCGUUUGCGCUCAGCGAAAAAACGAGAGACCAUUGGAUAAACAGAUUAUGGAUAUUCUCCGGGAGAUCGUCGCCGCCAUGGACGUCUGGAAGAAAGAGUUCCGGGACACGGAAAGCAAGAAGUACGUGGAGUCUGCGGAGUUCUUCUUGCGUCACGUAAUCACUCAGUUCAAUGUACUCCGCGAGAAAGAGAAGCAACUCGGUUUUCAGAGAAAUGAGUCGUUCCGAAAGCCAGAAAAGAUGGAGAAAGAUCAUUUCUUCGACACCGAAACCAGUUGCGUUGAGCUGAGCAAAAUCAACAUCACACUGGGAAACAUUUAUUCUCGUGACGCCUGGAUCACUCGCGAGUUGAAAAAGAAAGCACUCGCAGAGAAGGCAGCCGCAGCUAAAGUUCAAGUUCAAGUUCAAGCCAAGAAAAAUCCAAACAAAAAAGAAAAGCAGUAG